AUGAACGAAUUUGAUGAAAAAUUAAAACGACGUUUAGAACAAUUUGAACAAGAGAGACAAGUACAACGACAAAUAAUGACAAGAUUACAAGAAAGAAAAGAAGCUGAUAUAGAAGCUCGCCUACGACGAGAUCGAGAUCGUCAAGUACGUGUGGAUCGUGAUAUACGUGAUUUAAAACUAAGACGUAUGUCAGAAGAAGAACGUUCAUUAGAAGCAAAAAAAGAACAAGCACGACUAUCAAAACAUGUUCGUUUACCUGAUUCUCCUCCCUCGUCACAGCAACAACAAGAGCAUGAAACAACAAUGAAGCAUUCAAUAUCAGCUAGCCAUAUUCCACAUACAACAGGAUCUUCCUCCUCGUCUUCUACUAUAACCUCAUCAUCAGUCAAAACAAAUGGUUCAUCGUCUACAGUUAUCAAUCGUGCACAAUAUCAGAUGGAUCAACAGCAGAAACCUUCAAUGACGACUAAUGUUUCGACCGAAAAAGUAGCCAUCUCACCUCCACCUCCACCACCACCACCGAUUCGAGAUGUUUCCUUUGCUGUAACAAGUAAUUUGAAAAAUACAUUUUUACAACGACCUUCAACGCAAUUACCAACAACCCAACAUCUUCAGAAUGGACGCGAUCAUCCAUUAUAUCGUGAAUUGAGCCCUCCCAUGCCAUCUCCACCUCCUCUGGUUCCUGAUCAAACAUCGCAACAAUCAAAUAAUAAUAAUAAUGUCGUUGAUAUUCCUGUAUCAUCACUGGAUGCUGUUGAACGCAUAACAGCUGAAUUAGUUCGACGUGAUGAUCUAUUUAAUUAUGAUUCAACAACAAAUGUUCCAAGUGUUAUUGGUGCACAGGAAUUUUAUAUUGAUCCACGUACACGUGCAAAAAAAGGAAAACAAUCACUUAUACAGGAUAAUAAAGAGAAUUUAAGUGGUGAAACAAUGACAUUUACACAAAAAUUAAAAUUUUUUACACAAGAAAAACAAAACCAAAAUGAGGAUGAUAAUUAA